GCUCCGACAUUCUCGCCAACAACCUAUGUCCACCCAUGACAAAGUCUGCCCUUGCGAAAACCCCAUUUUCAAUGGAAGUGUGCGGCUGCCCAAGGCACGUUUCUGAGAUUGAUUUUGGGAGCGAUGGAGAAGGCUGUUAUAGCCUGUGGAACGCCUCUGCAUCUCCCAAUUGAGGUUCUCGACCACUGGCGUGGGUCAUCGAGAAUAUUUGGCCCCAGGAGUUGUGUUGCCAUACCUGCUGGACAGGCUCCGAAAUGAGCAAGGCAAAGGCCUCAAAAAACCGCGAGUGGUGUCCAGUAAGUUGGACUGAGCCAGUACACCCGAGUCCCUGGUUCUGGGAUCAAUCAGAGCCCGCAGGCUACCAAUGUUUCGACAAGUACAAAGAUGACUUGGCCCCAAUCUAUCCAUUCAUUGCUCAGCAAACUAAACCACUAUCAGAGAUGGCAUCUUAUACUGGAAGCAGCGCAAAUAGUGAAAGGGCUAGUAGGGGCCUGACGCACUAUACCGGCCAGUUCGAUCCCGAAGGCGAGUACAUGAAUGGGAGCGUUUGA